GUUUUGAGAAAAGUUUUAUACCUUUUUCUCUAUACGUUUUGAGAAAUUUAGGAGUUGGUAUAUACUACGAUACGGCCAACCCUUCGCAUCCUUCAUCUCUGUUUAUCGCCGCAACUCCGCUUCAAGAAACGGGACUUCUCUCCCAUUUUACUGCUGCUAUCUGCGAGUAUUUCAUUCUUAACAGGGAUAAAGUUUGCAACAUCGUAUUCAUUCUCCAGCCCAAAAAGAACACAGUUCUUUUUCACAUGACUACUUCGAAGCACACGGCAAGGUUAGGGUUAUGUAAACUUUUUCAAAUUUGGUUUGAUGUUGUUUCUUACAUCGUAUAUUUCAGUUGAAAAAAGUUAUUUCAGAUUUCAAUUGGUGUGCCCUCCUUUAGAGGCAUACAAAUAUUGUAUUUUGAUUUUCUAAGAGUCAAAGGUGGAUUUGAGUGUCCAUUUUGCAAAGACAGACUUCAAAAGCCUCAGAGUAAGUUGCCAAGUUAGUCUUUCCUUUAUAACUUGUUCGAGUGUGCUUUAACUUGGACUAAUUGCUUUAAUUAGGGUUUAAUUAUUUAUUAUCAAUACUCAGAUUGACUACAUAAGUUAGACUUGGAAUGGGUACAACAUGUACUUUUAUUUUCAAAAAUUUGCUCAGAGUGGCAAACGAAGUGUUUUCUUUGAAGGAAGGUUGCUUUUCCAAAGAAAUUGGGGGUGUAUAGGUUCUCAAUUCCAAUACAGUAGGAUGAAAGCUGCUCACGAAUGACAAUGAUAUUGUAGAUUAUGUUCUUGUGCAUCAAAAUUAUGAUGUUAAUGGUUUUGUAUCUAUAAUGUUGUUGAUGAAACAAUCCCUCUAAUGCGAUCAGAACCAGCCGCAUCUGAUUGUAAUACCAAGAAAGUAUAUUUUAACAGGAAGUAGAAUAUGGUGGAAAUCAAAAGGAAGUAAGUGACCCGAAAACACGGUCUCUAUGCAAUCUCCAUCAACGGGUUGUUAAAAGUGUUGAUGGUGUGUGCACUUUGUUCAGAUUUAUGGAGGCUGACUAUGAUUUUGGCUGCAAGAACAUUGUGAGGCUGUGUCACUUUAAGAGUACUGGGGAAAUAUUUGCCAUGAAGAAGUUGAAGAAGACAUAGAUGCUUAGCUGUGGACAGGUUCACACACAAAAUGAAUAAUCUCCUAUGUUAUUUUAGAUACUCAUUCGAACAAUUUUUUAAUCAUUUAUUUCUGUUAUACAAAGGCUAAGAAAUUUACUAGUAGAGGUUGAUAGUCGUUGCAUAGUGAAACUCUUUUAUGACACUGCUAAUGAGAGAAGAUGUCCUCUCUGAAGAUGUUGCACACUUCUAUAUUGCAAAAAGCAUUCUAGCUAUUCAUUCUAUUCACCGGCAUAACUAUGUACAUAGGUAUGAACAGUCUGUCAGAUGAUUAAGCCUUUUCAAUCUCUUUUUGUAAUUUGAAUUUGACUAUUCUUCUUGUUCUACUUUUAGGGAUAUAAAACCAGAUAGCCUUAUACUUGACAAGAAUGGUCACUUAAAACUUUCUGAUUUUGGCUUAUGCAAGCCCCCGGAAAGUAAAUAUUCAUCAAUAUUGUUUGAAGUCCUUCUGUUGUUCUAUUUUUACAUUUAAUGCAUCAGAUUGUCAAUUGGAAAACUUGCUUGAAAUUCCCUGAAGAACCAAAGGUACCAGAAGAUGCCAAGGACCUGAUAUGUCAUUUGUUAUGCAAUGUUGAAUCAAGGUUAGGGACUAAAGGAGUAGAAGAUAUAAAGGUAGAAGAUGCACCAUCAACUACUCCAAGAGUAGGACCUUGGCGGAAGGUUAAACAAAUGGCUGGAAGGACAUAACAUUUUGAUGUUUGUGAUGUACUUAAGUACUUUAUAUUUUUUCAGAACAUAUGUAAUGACUACUUUAUGUUUGCAGCCCUAUGUAGCUAG